AUGAGCCAGUCGAGCCAAGUGAUGAAGACGAGCAGACGGGGAAGACCCUUUGUACGGGAUUUGCAUGAUCUUUUCAGUACGAUGGUAGUAUCUUUAGAUCUCAAAACACAUAGAAACAUAUUCAAGAGUUAUUCAAACUCAUUCACAACCGACGAAGCAUGUAGCAACUUACACAACCUCAAAUUCAGUCAGAGCGUUAGACUCCCAGAUCCUAACAACCCUUCUAAAAUUAUUACUACAACGUCGACGACGACAUUCUCGAUGGAGAGACAGAUGGCCAAGGGCGUAUGUCAGAUCUUCAUGGACGCUCAUCUGAUCAUCAACGCAAGCGAUACAUCCUCUAGAGCCUUCAAGGAUAGGGGUAUAUACUUAAUAACACCGAAAGGCUUGCACGUCUUAGAACGCUUCAUCAGCAAAAAUGGUAUUAGUGCAGAGCACCUUAUUAACGUCUUUUCUACACAAACGAUCUGCUUAAAGCUGCUUCAUUUAGAAAGGCGUCCUAUUGAUGAUGAGAUUCUCGUCAACAAGCAAAUAAUCAACAUUGUCUUCAGAAGGUUCGUUGGCAGACAACCAAAUUAUUCUCCAGAGUCUCAACCAUCGAAACAGUCCAUGGAUAAGGAUAGCGAUAAGGGUAAUGGUGUACCCGUAAACGAUAUAUACAUGACGAAGGCAGCUGUUUCCUCAGAAGUUGCAGACAUACACCACACUUUCGCUUCUAAUGCUGCACUCGAUUGGUUGCUCGACUACACCACAAUAGCCGGUCGUGAUGAAGCGGCUGAAAUUGCUGCUCACUUCGUUAGAUAUGGCCUUAUUCGUCUGGUCAGUGAGAAAGGCAAACGGGGUGACGAUCUCAUAGUUACUGUCAACUACGCCCAACACCCUGAUGACACUGUUUUAGAAUGCCAGUUCAGAGCCGGUAGCAAGUGUGAAUACGGUAUCACCCCUGCAGGCAGACGCGCAGCUCUCUGGGAAACAGGCUCAACAAAUGAAUCUUCUGACUCGCUUGACAGGUCUUCAAGCUCAAAACACAGAGAUUCUCACAAUCUCGCGCGCCAACAAUCCAAAGCUGGCGGUCAACUGCAGGCGCAGUAUGCACACGAGCGUACCCGCGAUGCUGCCGUAGCAGUCGCAUCAGCUCAUCAUAAAGAAAGCAACACUGGUCGUCUCAAACAAAUACUUGAUGACCCAGCUCUUAGAAGCUUAUUUAGAGAAUUCUUACGAUCAAACUUCUGUGAAGAAAAUCUUUCCUUCUGGUUAGAUGUACAAGAUUUCAAGAGAAAGUUCUCAACAACGUCCUCAGCUGUUGCAAAACCACAGCACUUUGGCUUGUUUUCAAAAUCAAGUGACAAGAAAGGAGGCCCAUCAGCGAUGCAGCAGCAUCAACAGGAUAUCAAUGCGAUGGCUUGUGUCAUUUAUAAUACCUACCUCGCUCCAUCAUCAUCCUCGGAACUUAACAUAGAUCAUGGAUUGAGAGCUGAGUUAGUCAAUUAUGUGGCAACUAUUAAAAGAGAAGCUCGUGAGAAGUACGGUACAGAAAUUAAACCAGAUACUAAUGAAGAUAAUGGCCUCGGUCAGAUACCAUUACAAGCGUCACAAAUAUCACGUCUCAUUGUUCUUUAUGAACGUAUACAAGCGUACAUAUUUAGGUUAAUGGCAACUGAUAGUGUACCAAAAUUCGUGAAGACCGAAAGAUUCCUCAAUUUGAUGAAGACAUUUGAAGAAUACCAAGAAACGCUCAUCCACGACAAAUCCACACCACCAGUACCACCACUACCGAAGGAAAAUGAGGGAUCUAAUAGCUCACUGAGAUCGCAUUCCGUUCACUCACUACGCUCAUCAAAGAAGAGUCAUAAUUCAACUGAAGCACUUGCCAACACCACUUCCAAUACCUCAUUAGGUUCAAAGCAGAGCUCCCGAGAGGAUAGCUAA